AUGGCCGCCAUGACUCAGGAGGUAAUCGACGUUAAUGAAGAACAACCUGAAACUGGAGGAGGAGAAGACGAAGCACCACUACCGCAUGAAGAUCAAUUUGGGAACAAGAAUCUGCUAGCAUCUGGCAUGGUAGGACUAUGUGAUGUACAAUUCUGCAUUACAUGCCCGAGCUAUUUGAAGGCUGCCUCAACUGAGAAUGCGAAUGGUUCUACAACAUUCUCCUUCUGGCCUCCACCUAUUCUGAAUCCUCACAGCAAAUGGGUAUCCUUGUGGAUCAAGCGCGCUUAUUUGGUUGGCUUAUCUAGAAUCGUUCUGGAUGCAUCAAUAUUUUUCUUCGCAUUAUAUUGGGAUAAGCACCAUAAAUGUCUUGGAGUCAAGUUGUUCUCCCUAAAUGAAACAUUUGUGUACCUGAAAUGCCUCGCUGAUCUUCUCUAUGUGGUGAACAUUGCUUUCCAGCUUAGGUUGGCUUAUAUUUCUUCUAAGCCAACAGCUGUUGGUGGUGGAUAUCUAGUUGACGAUCCAAAAAAGAUUGCUCUCCGUUACAUGCUAGCACCGAAUGGGAAUAUAAUCGGUUAA